AUGACUUUCUCCAGGCCCGAAAAGACAGAGCGAAGCAACCCCGACCACUCUCCUGCGCCCAAACUUCCAUGGGCCGAGCCUGUUGAUGCGGACCUUGAAGUCAUAUCUAUUACUAGCCGUGAUUCUUUCAUCGACACUGGAGCCCAAUCCAACAAAGAUGGGGUCGUCAACGAUACUGCAAGCCCCACAGAUGACCCAGUGAGUGCUGGGGAAGAUACUACCGAGUCAAUGGCAAAGAAACCCUCUCCCGGUGCAAACAGUAAACUUUCCGUCAAUGCUUCAGAAUUCCAUCAUCAAAGCUACGAUACCGAUGGAAGAUGCAGCAGACACAAGAUCCAACGUGGCACAACUCACCGUUUGUCAUCAAGUCAGCCCUCCAGUGACCGUGCUUCACGGUCUAGCUCAGCAUGCCCGGCCUCUUACCGUCAGAAACCCUCUCGUGUUUCCAAAGCUAGUCAUGCUGCAUCGUCAACGCCGCAGGCAUAUCGUCAGCCACUGGCGCCAGGUGAAUCGCAAGUCUUGUCAGACGAAGACAUGUACAUGAUACAACUGUAUCGCUACAAGCAGAUGAAAGACAAUCUCAGCAAAAGCGACGCAAAGAUCAGGACAUUGGUGGCUCGCAACAAUCGUCUGCAGAAGCAAAGCGAAGCGUUGGACACUCAACUCAAGCGAUUCUAUGAAGAGAAGACCGAACUAAGCGGUAAAAAUGAACUGCUGCAGAACCAGAUCAUGGACUUCAGGACGAGGUACCACAAGGUCAAGGACAUGGCUAAAAGCUUCAGCACUGAUCUCGUGCAUCUUCGCCAAGGUGCCGAUGCCCAAGAAAGCCACUUGCAAGCGCUUCGCCAUGAUGGCAGAAUCAAUCAGGAGUCAAUUCAGACUAUCCGAUCUGCUGUAUCUACCACAGAGCUGAAAUUGAAAGACAAUGGCAAGUCGAUUGCUGCAGCUCGACGCGAGACCGAUAACGCUCUCUUGACCAUUCGUUUCAUGCAGGAGGGUAUUGCAACCAAGGAUGCUCAACUCAUUGAGGAGCAACGACGUUCGAAACGCCUGGAAGCUCACGUCACAGAAGUGUCAGGCACGCAGCAACGGCUAAACAACACCAUUACCAAUGACUGUAAGACUCUUGUGCAGUGGAUGCAUCAGGUACAUUCCAGCCUCGAUGGCAUGCGCACCUGCGUCGCUGAUUCGAGUCUGGCGCCUGACAUUGCAGAAAGCUUUAAGAUUUUGCGCCAAUUGUGGGAGCGACCUUCUCAGCAGACGGAAAUCUCACCAGAAAUUGUGAAUGAGAUACACGAUGCUAUAAUGGCCCUCCUCAAUCUCUCCAAGAAGAAUCAAGAAGAGUCCUCUCGGUCACUUGAUAACAUCCUCGAUCAGAUCAAAGACCCUGCAGCAAGUCUCACACAACCCAUGACGGAAAUCCUGGCUGCUGUCCGUGGGCUCGGCAUUGACCUGGACAAAGCUCAAGAGACUGAAAGAAGAAAUUCCGAGCUAGCAGGAAAAUAUCAAGCUUUGGACAGGGAGCUCGCACAGCAGAAAGACGAGUCUGCUGAGAGGAACAAGUGCAUCCUAGCUGCCGUGUCUGUUUGCCAGGAGUUGGUUCUCAAGGCCAAGCAGAAACCAGCUGCGGAUGAUCAAGAGGAAAGUCAACUCAGGCUUAAGUAUCAGAGUGCGGCAUCCAACUUAGCGUCUGCUAAAUCUAGCCUUGCGAAGGCAAAUGACGAGAAAGACGAGCUGAGCCAGAAUGUCCACGAUCUGCAGAUUGACCUGCAGAGGUCCAGAGCAGACCUCGAGGAAUUUCAGAAGCAGGCUGUGAAGCAGCUUGAGGAGCUCAAGACCUCUCACCAAGCAAUGAUUGACAAUGAAACGAGCAAGCUCCAGGCGGAAAUCGAAGAACUCCAAACUUCGGUCAGGCAGCAGGAAGCUCAGAGAGAUGCUGCCACCACGAAAGCUGACCGUCAGAAGCUUGCUCUCUCACAACAAAAAGACCAGUUGGAACAGUCGAGAAUGGAAUCCAGCAGACUCCUUGAGGCCAACGCAAAGCUGGAACGCGGACUCACCAAUCGCUUGAACGAGGUCGAGAAACUCACAGGGGUGGCGGCCCAACUUGCGGCCACCAAGGACAACUUGGCAGCGGCGUCCAAAGAGCUCGGGCGUCUGAGGUCCCUUGAAGCGACGCAGGCCGAUCUUUGCACCGAGAACAACAACCUGAAACGAACCAUUGAGGAUCAAAGCACGAAGCUUGCGAAUCAAGAUAGAGAUUUGUUGAGUCUCAAAGCUGAAGUCAAUCAGUCACCUGGCCUGCAAAGUGCCGUUAAUGAGCUAGAACAAGCGAGGGCAGGUCUGGCCAGGCAGCUUGAACACGCAAAGGAUCAAGCCAGUGCCACGUCACGGUUGCGUGAACAGCUCAAGUCAAACGAGACGCACAUUGCAGCAUUGACAUCCGAGAUUGGAAACAUACGUCCCCUCGAAGGACAAUUACGGUCGUCACGCGAGGAGAAUGAACGUCUUGUUCAAGAGCUUGAUCAGGUCAGAAACAAGUUAGCUCAGGCGCAGGAUCAGCUCAACGCCGCCAGCGGGUGGGAAGCGCAGAUCAAGGCCAAGGACGACUUGGUUGCUCAGCUACGGCAGCAACUGGCGCAAGCCUCAGAAGUCCGGACCAAUCUGAUGAGCUUGAACGAGGAGUCCCAGCGCAAAGAUUCACAGAUCGUUGAACUUACUAAUGAAAUCCAGCGAUAUAAGAUAGAGUCUCAAGGGACUCAGCGACUACAGACCCGACUCCCUGCGGAACUUGUGCGUCCACUGGAAGGAUCCCCCGGUGAACUCGACGAAUCCGACCUUCCAGCAGACUUGGCCGAGCAACUGAUCACCAGCCAGGACCUUCCUGAAGGCUUGGCUCGAAGAGCGAAGACACCUCCACAGGAGCUGCGCUCCCGUAGAGUGGCAGAUCGGUCUGCCAAACCUCGCACUCGACAGUCUCAUUCUGCCGCAGACAGUCCCGAGAUUUUGGAAACCCAGGCUCCGAGCCAAGGCCCGAAUGUCAUUCCGAAUUCUCAGGAAUUUGACAACCAGCUGCUGGGUCAGGCCAUUGUACCACUUGACGAUGAUGGCCCCGACUCGCCUCUGACUGAUUUGGAGAAUAUACCUGAGCCCGACUCCGUUUCUGACUCCUGGCUCUAUAACGGGACCCAUACUCAGACUGUGGACAACAGCCUCAACUCGCGCGAUGAUGGGCUACCUCCACCGCAGACUCCACUGCGUGCAGACAGGAUGCUGAUUCGACCCCCAUCAAGUGCUAUGAGUGAAGACCUCUUCAGGAAACACGAGAAUAGUCUUGAAGGUAGUGAAUAUGAGCCGAGACAGAGGUAUUCCGGGCAGACAGUCGCGCCAAUUGAGGUGCUCCGGGGUCCGCCUGAUUUUGCACAACAGAGUCGGAAACUUGGCAGCCCGCGACGGCUUCGGAACGGCACACAGCUUGGACCAGAGGCGUUCAGUCAACCUGAAGCCAUCCAGACCACCCCACCCGUCAAUCGAGAUCGACCACCGCCAAAUUCUGGAGCCAAACGACAUGCUGAGGACGACUUGCCAAGUUCACCAGGGCUUAGCACCAAACGCCGCAAGCGUAAUCUGGAGAACAUCAGAGUCAAAGAGGCAAAGGAACCAACAUCAUCGCAACCAAAGUCGUCCGUCACGCUGGCCGCGCGCCAGGGUCGGUCUGUGGUCGGCUCCGGUGCUCCAGCUCCUGCCACAACUAGUCGCAGGUCUACGAAAGCUCAACGGAAAGACUCGAGCGAAGAGAGGUUCAAGCGUCGGUUCAAUCCCCAAGGAUGA